AUGCCACUUGUAAAUAACAAAGUGGGAGAUGAUUGCACAGUCGGCACAGACAAGGCUUUGGCUGAUGGAAAGGCUCUGGUGGAUUCUUUGAUAAAGGUGGUAGCAUGUUACCGGCACUUGGCCUCAUGUGUUGGCAGCUGCACAGACAGCCUGCAGCUGCGGGAUGAGCUGCGACAAACACGAGAAAAGGCUCAGAACUUGGCUGUGUCCAUCUGCCAGCAUCUCACCUCACAUCUCAGAGACAAGAGUCUGCCUGAGGAGCAGCGGAAGGAAAUGGAGCUCCUGUGGGUGGCCUUCUCCUCCGGCCUGGAGCUGCUCCAUGUCGACAUGUGCAAGGUUUUCAGCAUGGGUGACAUCUUCUCUCUGGCCAACAGUGCUUCCCUGGUGCAAACUGGCCUUCAAGGAGGAGGCAGUGAGGUAGCAGCUCGGGCGCUCAGCCUGCCAGACCUGAACCAGGCUCGGGCCCCCGAGGCCGGCCUGGAGAGCCAGGAGCGCAGCACCAUGGAGCAGGAGAUCAGCCAAAUCGACCACAUGAUCGACGACAUGGAGAUGAAAGUGAACGUGCUGCGCUGGAUGGUGGAGCCUCACGGGCCUCAGUACGCAGACCCGCUCAGCAGCACCGACAGCGCCUCCCUGGCCCUGCUCUCUGUGGACGAGGAGCAGCCUGGACACCAGCCUCAGUCCCAGCACAGUCACAUGGUUGUGUUUGUCGUGCUGUUUGCUGUUGUUUUGGUGGCAACCACUUUAUCUGUCUGUGUUGUCUUCUUCUCAUGA